UGUAUGCAAGGCAAGUGGGGGUUUGGGAGGAACUGGUUUCUGAGGGAGAUUUUACCAGAUCUCCUUCCAAAACAUGAGUCCCCUUGCUGCCCAGCACCCUGGAGGGGAAGGAAAAAGAGUCCAGGAAAAUGUGGUGCUGGGAUAUUCUAGAAAGGGGUCAUAGCAUGCCCAGGAAGUAGGAGUAGAUUUGGAGGAACUAGAAUUAUUGGAGGGAAGAUGCAAAAGUCAAGUCCUUGAUCUUGAGACAGAGGCAACAAUUACACACCUUUCCUUCCCCAUGACAGAAAUACAGCCCCUCCUCACUCAGGAAAACGGGACAUGGGACACAUUCAAAAGAAGGCGCACUAUAUCCCUAGGACAAUGGAGAGCAAGAGAGUUCUGGGGGUCAUCAGACAUUGGGGUCCCUUGCUCAAGCCUGGGCAUAGAGAUGGAGGUCAGAUUACCCAAACCCUGAGAGAAUGUCUGGAAGCCACUUUGGGUUAAAGCUAGGAUGCAUCCUACCUGGCUACUUUACUGCAUGACCUGGGGUCUCCGAGCCAGAUCACUUCUAGGACAUCCUGAGCUACAGGGAAGGGAGAAGAAGCCUGUUGUUGGGGGAGGGGGAAAGUUCCUAAUCUGCUAUUGCCAAGGUGCCCCCGGAUCCUCCAUGGAGUUAGUUGUCCCAUGACUCCAUGGAAAAUAAAUGUAGGAGUGCCUCUAAGUUCCAAGUCAUCUCUUUUUCAUUUCUCCUUCUGUCCUCUACCCCAACACAUACAUACUCUCUCCAAAGGUCUGGGUGCAAAGCACUUGGCUCCAGAGUUUAAAAUCCGGGGUGUUGGAUUUGCAGUUAUAUGUCCAGCCAGUUUCUCCCCAGGAACUGGUCAAACAUCCAGGCCAUCUGUGAUCUUUUUUGCCACACUCCUGCUUCCCUCCCCCACAGCCAGCCCAGGAAUUGGGAGUAGAGGACAGUUCCCAGGAAAGAGGAGGGAAGGUUGACUGUUCCUAACUCCUUAUUCUAGACUUUUCCUUUUGUGGUUCAUACUGCUUAGGAGUCCCUGGGUGACUAAGAAAGGACUUCAGACCUCUGUCUCUCAGGGCAGAUUGCAGCUCAGAGAGCUCCUCAGAGGAAGAAUUUGAAGCAAAAUCAGCCCCUCCAGGACCCCCGACGCCACCGAGGGGCCCCCGGCGGUCUCCAGGCUCGCUCUGUGCCUGCACUGAGGACGACGCCCGCAGCCUGUCGCCGGUCGCCUGUCGCCCAGCGCUGUCAUGGCACAAGAAAAUGCGGCCUUCUCACCGGGGCCGGAGGAGCCACCGCGGCGUCGCGGCCGCCAGCGCUACGUGGAGAAGGACGGCCGGUGCAAUGUCCAGCAGGGCAACGUCCGCGAGACGUACCGCUACCUGACCGACCUGUUCACCACGCUCGUGGACCUGCAGUGGCGCCUCAGCCUCCUCUUCUUCGUGCUCGCCUACGCGCUCACCUGGCUGUUCUUCGGCGCCAUCUGGUGGCUGAUCGCCUACGGACGCGGGGACCUGGAGCACCUGGAGGACACGGCGUGGACGCCGUGCGUCAACAACCUCAAUGGUUUUGUGGCCGCCUUCCUCUUCUCCAUUGAGACCGAGACCACCAUCGGCUACGGGCACCGCGUCAUCACCGACCAGUGCCCCGAGGGCAUCGUGCUGCUGCUGCUGCAGGCCAUCCUCGGCUCCAUGGUGAACGCCUUCAUGGUGGGCUGCAUGUUCGUCAAGAUCUCACAGCCCAACAAGCGCGCCGCCACGCUCGUCUUCUCCUCUCACGCGGUGGUGUCACUGCGCGACGGGCGCCUCUGCCUCAUGUUCCGCGUGGGCGACCUGCGCUCCUCGCACAUUGUGGAGGCGUCCAUCCGCGCCAAGCUCAUCCGCUCGCGCCAGACGCUCGAAGGCGAGUUCAUCCCGCUGCACCAGACCGAUCUCAGCGUGGGCUUCGAUACCGGUGACGAUCGCCUCUUCCUGGUCUCCCCUCUUGUCAUCAGCCAUGAGAUCGAUGCUGCCAGCCCCUUCUGGGAGGCGUCGCGACGUGCUAUGGAGAGAGACGACUUCGAGAUCGUGGUCAUCCUAGAGGGCAUGGUGGAAGCAACGGGAAUGACAUGCCAAGCUCGGAGCUCCUACCUGGUGGAUGAGGUGUUAUGGGGCCACCGCUUCACAUCAGUGCUGACCCUGGAGGAUGGCUUCUACGAGGUGGACUAUGCCAGCUUCCACCAGACUUUUGAAGUGCCCACGCCCUCAUGCAGUGCCCGGGAGCUGGCAGAGGCUGCAGCCCGCCUUGACGCCCAUCUCUACUGGUCUAUCCCCAGUCGGCUGGAUGAGAAGGUGGAGGAGGAGGGGGCAGCGGAAGGGGCAGGUGGGGAAGCUGAGGCUGACAAGGAACAGAAUGGCUGCCUUCCACCCCCAGAGAGUGAGUCCAAGGUGUGACCAGUUUCCUCCAAACCCCUGUAGCAGACCAGGGGCCAGACACAGGUACAUGGGGAGCUGGAUGUUGGAGGUGGAAGAGGAGCUGGAUGCUGGAGGUAGAAGAGGAGCCAGGUGAGGUCCCAGAGAAGGUGCUAAAGUUAGAGAGGUUCCUUGAGAACCUUGAGUCCAGAAUACAAGGGAAGGGAAGUUCCCUGAUUUGAGGAGAAUGGAAGAUGGGGAUGGGCAAACACACCAUCUCUCUGUGUUUGACUUUCGCCAUCUGUUCAUGGGUGGAUAGAUGGGCAGAAGGAUGGUAUUAUGGGGGUUAGAUGGGAAGAUGGUGACAAAAAGGCAACUGAUGGAUAGGUAAAUGGACCAAUCAGUUGGUACCAUUUAUCUGGACAGCUGGUGCACUCAGGGCUGUAGCUACCAUAGCACACCUUUGUGCAAAUUCUAAAAAGGCAUCUUUUUCCUCCAGACACAUGCAGCCCCAAACCAGGAUGCUUGGCUUGAGGAACAGUGUGAGAUGGAAUGCAGUCCCCACUCACCUCCUCGGCAUCCUCUCUGUGUGUGACACACCUAUCUCAAAUGAAUAGAGUAGCCCAAGCCGAACCAGAGGAGAGAAAGCCAGACAGGUGUAGGCACAGAUGGGGACCACCCCCCAGCUCCACCCUCCCGCUGGACAGACUCAGGAGGAGGUAACUUGCUGUGAGAGCUCAGCAAGUCUCAGUGGCCUUGGUACUCAGGUGUAGGGCAACAGGCAGUGAGGACAGAUGCUGGAGCUGGGGCUCUGGAGCAAGUCCUAGGAGGGGGGAUCCAGGGAUGGCUAUUUUCUGACAAGAGAUAAGAUUUUGCGGGUACUACUGCAGAGAUAGGAUGGGAGAGAUUCAGAAGCAAAGGGCCAGGGGAGAGAUCUAGAAAGUGCUGUCCUGGAGAGAGAUGGUGGUUCUUGGGGAAGCAGAGUUUGUCCUUGAGGCAGAGUUAGGGAGAUUGUCCAAAUCACUGAUUGAGUGCUAGGUGUGGUAGACCUUCAAAGAUCUCAUUCUUAUUGCCAGAACACAGGACACAUGGAACGAGCACACAUACAGCUAUGGCAACUGAACGAGGUACCGCUGGCACUGAGAACCUAUGCUGUCUCUUGGAGCAGGGAGUGGGCGGCAUUUGGUGAUCAGAUAGUAGGAAUUGAGUCAGGCAGAGAGAAUGAUGAAAGGCCAAAGUUGUACAACUUUUCUGGGCAUUAGAAUCACCUGGCGGGCUUGUUAAAACGCACAGUGAUGGGCCCCACUCCCAGAUUUCUGACUCAAUAGGUCUGGGGUGGAAACCAAAAAUGUGCAUGUCUAACAAGUUUCCGAGUCAUGCUGACGCUGCUGGACUGGGAACCACACUUUAAGGGGUCAAAUAACCUGGGGAGUAGCUGAAAAGAAACUGAGACUCCUGGGGGAGCCGAGAAAUGUGAGAGGUAGAGUUUUGUGUGUGGGAAAAGAGACCCAAGCCCAGGCUAACGAGUUUAAUUUUGGGACUAGGGAUUCAGUGGGAACUGGUCAAUGACAAACUGAGGUGGUGUUUGGUAAGACAAGUGGGCAAGACACAUAGGACAAAGUAGUUGGAAGGAAGGCCUUUUGGAGACUCCUAAAGAGGUAAUGGGGAACUGAAGCAGAAAGGGCUUCAAAGGCAAAGGACCAAAUCCCCUGUAGAAUUGAAAAGGCAGAAGUGAACAUGGGAGGAAAUGAGAGUCCAAACAUCUGGGUGUGUUGACUGCCUGCUGUCAGGCCCCCCCCCCCCCCGGAACAGGAAUCCCUGGAGAUGCACAGUCUCACCCCAGUCAUCCCAGGAUGGCAAGGGGAGAGCAAUGAAAAGUUGAAAAAAGGCAGAAGGUUGGUUGAGAGAACCUGAGGUUGGCUUCCUGGAGAAAAGUAUGGCCCAGGCGAGCGCGCCCUGAAGGGACCUACCAGGACCUUCAUCUCCCACCCUGACUGCGCCCCAGUCACGUCUCUGAAUAACAAGUCACAGCCCCUUGGGGGAAGGCAGGCACCCUAGUCUGCUCAUUCCAGGCUGGGAAGCCAGGAUCCUAGUGGCACUGCACCUUCCAGAGGCAAGAAGGAAGACCUAAGCCUCAUCCCUUCCCUUCAGUCUAGGCAUGGGUGUCUGCCUCGGGUCCCAGGGCCACCUGGGUCACCCUCAGUCAAAGACAAGGUCCUAUAAUGCUGAUGACAGCUAUUCUCCCAAGAAUAGAUAUUGGGGUAGGGGAUGGGGAGCAAUCUGGGUUUAAUUCAGUGGAACAGGUGAAGUCUAUAGUGGGGGUCUUCUUGGUCCACACACACACACACACACACACACAGCACUGAAACCACUGUAAUUGAACAGAAAGAGAAACUGAGGCUAAAACAGAUCCCUCCUUCCCCUGGAAAAGUUGUGGCCACACCUGUCCUCACCACUGUCACCACUCAGGAUACCACUGUACAGUGCAAAGAGUCAGGAGACCUGGGUUUUAGUGCCGACACCGUCACUGACUCGCUCUAUGACUUGUUCACAUCCCAGAGAAGUGAUGCUCAUCAAGUUUCAUCACUUCUCUGGGCCUCAGUUUCCUCAUCUGUGAAAAACGACACUUAGCAAACCAGCUAUGCUCAAUAAAUGUUAAAUAAUUAAAUUAAAAGAGGUAGACUGGAUGCCUCUAUAGGGGCAGAACAGGCCAGAAGUUUAAGAUCACAGGAUCCUUAGGCAAAGGGUGAAAGUAGGCAGGGUGGGGAAG